AUGUCGUUGGAAACCCUAGACUUGGUGGUUCCUGGCGAUUCGAUCAAACUUGCGUCAAGUAAUAACAUCACACUGGGCCCAAACAUAGUUGUGGCUGGAGAUUCUACAUUGCAUCCAACAACAGCUGGUUUCUUUGUUUCGAAAAACACAAACAAGGCCACGACGUUGAACUAUGUCGAGUCGGCACGCGGUAGGUACGUCCCGCAAGUUGGCGAUUUAGUGCUUGGUACAGUAGUUGGACAAUUUGGUGAUUACUAUCGUAUCUCCCUAAACGAAAACAGCGUUGACGUAAUACUCAACAUUUUCUCAUUCCCCAAUGCAUCCAAGAAAAAUCGACCUCGUUUGCAAGUUAGAGAACUCAUAUAUGCUAGAGUCGCCAGCACUGAGAAAAAUGUAGAUGUGGAAUUGAGUUGUAUUGAUCCGGUCACUGGUAAAGAUGGCGGGUUUGGUCCCUUGAACGGCGGUUACGUCUUCAAUGUAUCUACCGCAUACUCGAGGUUCUUGUUGUUCACUCCAAAUGCGCCUGUGCUGAAGAAAAUGGUGGAAAAAUUACAGUUUGAAAUUGCCGUAGGUGUCAAUGGGAAGGUUUGGGUCAAAUCAGAUACUCCCAAGUCAACCAUGCUUUGCGCCGAAAUAAUAUCGGAAUCUGAAAAAUGGAAACAGUCGGAAAUCCCUGAAAAAUUUGAAUUGCUUCUGAAAAAGUUCAAAAAGUUGUAA